UUGCGAGAGUUGGCAAUCGUUAGCUGAUAUGAUAUUUCUAUGAAAACUAAUAUGACACUCUUAACACAGUUGUGCGCUUACACUUUAAAAAAUUCUAAAUCUCUCGUGAACACUCCUACUACUAAUUUAGCAUGUGUAAGAUAUGCAUCAAAGAAAGCUAGUAGUAGUACACGUAACAAACCUUGUAAUGUAAGACCAAAGCAUAGAGGAUGGCGAGUACAAGAUGGUGCUUUUGUAGAAGAAUCUACAAUAUUAGCUACACAACGUACAGCUAGAUUUCAUCCAGGAUUAUAUGUUGGUUUUGGUAAAAAUGGUACACUAUAUGCUUUAGAAAAAGGAAAAGUAAUUGUUACCUGUGAGAAAAUUGAUCCAAAUUUGGAUCAUUCUUGGGCUAGAACAUAUUAUGCAGGCAGAGAAAACUCUGUUAUAUAUAAAAAACAUUUCAAUGUUAUUCCUGAACCACAAGAUAAUAGAUUUGUAUUAAUUGAUGCAAUUUAAAUAAAAUUUUGUUAGU